AUGCACAGUAGAACACCAGCAUUAGCACGGCAUAAAUGUGUUGGAGCAGGUCUACUGCUCCUCUGCGGCCAGCUGGCAAAUGCUGGGAAAUUGACACAUUCCCACGAUUUUGCAAAGCGCACAUAUAGAUAUGGAGAGAAAGUGCCAAUUAGCUGUUUAAAUCGGACUAUAGAUGCUGGUGAACAUAUAAGCGACUCCUCAGGCAAUCUCCAAUACAUUCCAUUCCCAAUCUGCAACGAGACCCACGAUCCGCUUUCCUUCCACUACGGUGUCUCAGAGACAGUAACCUGCACUAUCGACUCCCUCCCAGAUACUCUCUACCAUCUUUUUGAAUACUAUGUUCACUCCGACGCUCCCUUAUCAUGUCGCAUGCCCACUGUCCCCCUCCUCGAGCCCAACAAACACGACGAUCCCACGUCCACCGGCGAAGGUACACAUGACUCUUUCAUGGAUGGAGGCGCCCCUGCACCGUUUACCCCGUUGACUAUGGCGUUGCAGGGAACGCUGCAGAAAAGUCACUUGCACAUUUGGUCAGAUAUGAAUGUCCUAAUUCAUCAGUCAAUUGAACGGCAUGAUAAGAAGACGGCUAAGGGGAAGCGUGUACCAGGACAAGUUGUUGCCGGGGCUGCGUAUUCAAUACCGGCGAUGAAGACCGUUGCUGAGGAAAAAAAGAAGAAGAAGAAUGUGAAGAAGGCGGAUGCGGCGAACAUGCGUGUCACUUGGGACCCGUGGAAGCCGGGCGAGGGAGCAAAGGUUCUUCGCGGCGAGCCCCUGACGUUUAAGUUUAGAGUGAGCUGGACUCAAGAGAGUGAUUUAUCUGCAUUGGUAGCAGCACAGAACCGUCCCAUGACAUUGAUUAGUGUUUUGUAUAACUGUUUUCUGUUUGCUGUGGCUGCAUCUAUCGGCGGGAUGAUUGUAUUAUGCUGGGAGCAAUAUAGGCGGAGAAAAGGUCGCCUCUGGAAUGGCGAUGGUAUUUUGGGGCAUUCUGCGUCCGGUCAAGGUGGGUUUUUUAGCCGAAAGGGACAUGGUGUAUCUAUCAACCUGAGCUCCGGAUCAAAGCCGAACGGCUAUGGAGGAUAUGGAUUCGAUGGCAAGAACGCUGUAAGUUCAGGAGGAUAUGGAGGAUAUUCAAGUGGGAAGCGAGAUUGA